AUGACUCGGCAGGAGGCUCUCUCGCCGGAGCGGCUUCGCGAGUGGGCUGUCCAGUGGGGCAGCCCUGGUGGUGGAGCUAGCCGUCUUCGAGCGGGAGGUGUUGGGACUACUGGAGCUGGAGGUGCUGGCACUGCUGGAGCUGGAGGUUCUGCUACUGGUGGUACUGGUGCACUUCGGCAGGAGACUCUCUCGCCGGAGCAGCUUUGUGAGUGGGCUGUCCAGUGGGGCAGCCCUAGUGGUGGAGCUAGCCGUGCUCGUCCUACUAGAGCUGGAGGUGUUGGGACUCCUGGUGCUGCUAGAGGUGCUGCUGCUGUGGGUGCUGCUGCGGGCUGUCCUAGUGGUGGCGCUGGACGCACUGGAGCUGCAGGUUCUGGAGGUGCUGGCCCUGGAGGUGCUAGUGCUGGUGUUCCUAGUACUGGAGACACAGGUGCUGCUGGAGGUACUGGAGGCGAAGGUGCUACUGGAGGUACAGGAGGUGCUGGCCCUGGAGGUGCUAGCAUUGGUGGUCCUAGAGUUGGCCGUGCUGGAGGUACUGGUACUGGAGGUGGUGCUGACACUGGAGGUACUCCUGGAAGUACCGAUGGAGGUACUGGAGUUAGUGGUGCUAGUCGGCAGGAGUCGCUCUCGCCGCUGCAGCUUCGCGAGUGGGCUGUCCGUUGGGGCAGUCCCAGUGGUGGAGCUGGUGGUACUGGUUUAGGGGGUGCUGUUGCUACUGGAACUGGAUGUUCUGGGGGUGCGACUACUCAGCCGCAGCAGUCUGCGCUUCCCACAGCUACUGCAUCACUCCCCACUGCCUACUUUUGA